AUGGCAACUGAGAAAAAACGAAAGGUUGACGCCGUCGACGCGCCCUGUCUUCAAAAUCGUGCCAAAAUACCCAGUGGUAAAACACCAGUGAGGCGCGAUCUCCUGGAACGUUGUUAUGGCAGGGUCACUACACUAAGAGAGUACGUCCUUUCUAAGCUGCCCCAAGGCUCUCGGCUACGGCGAAAAAAGGUAGCAUCCAUAGGCCAAGGAGAUGAUGUUGGAGAGAUUGAGAACAACUUAUCACGACUUCUUGAUACAUCACUUGUUUGCUUUGCUGACAAGCAAUGUGAUGCUGAUGACACGCGGUGGGAGCAAUGGCUUGUAUUCUCGCAAAGAGAGGAUGAGUCCUAUGUUAGUCUCUCAGAUGGCAUUGCGGGAUCUAUAUAUUCUCAAAGCGAGAUUGUGGAUUUUGUUGUGUGGCUACUCUUCUCAAGAGAUGUACAAGUUGGACGUCGACCUAAGCAUCUGCUAUGUGACGGUUUCAGAAAAUCAGCAGGCCCAGGUGACCAAGGAACGACCAGUAUACCAGGUCUCUUCAGUCUGUACCCCAACUCUCAUGUCAAGGCACUUAGGGAAGCCCCUUGGCCCCAGUUGUUAGCGCUGCUCGGCAAAUCUGGCGAGAAGAUCAUGAUAAACCUUUUAGUUGAUGCCUCUAUCUUUGUAAAUGUGCAAUCGGGCUUCAACAAUUAUCAUCAGUUGACAGGCAUACCGCUUGCAGAGCUCAACCUUCCAGGAGACAGUGUAUCACUUGGCGAGAGCUUGAAGUGUCAAGUGCGCAGGCCCUCAGACAUAACUUUGGUAAGAAGCAGGAUAUUUUAUGCCAAGCCAUCGCUCACGGCUAAAGGGCUUAUUCAACCUGGUUACAAACAUAUUCAUGUACUAAACCGAUGCCCUGCAUCUCCCAAGUUAACUGAUCCUAGCCUUGAACGUCAAGGGACGAUCAAGUUGAUGAUGUACAUGUUUCCUCGCCAAUUCGGACUACAUAAUGUCUUUACUUCUCAAGUUGACGCCAGUAAGACUUCACAAAAGUUUCAGGAUUACACAUUACGGGAAGAAGAAAUCGCCCCUACCUUCCAACCCAAGACAGGAGAAAAUGCACCAAAAAGACCAAAAGUUCCCAAGCGGCUCCGCGGUGAUGUUGAGCAACUCGUAAAGCGCCUGCAAGUCUUUCAUGGUCGGUGCUCGUAUAUCGAGCUUUUGAAGCAUCACUGCCCCUGCGUCUUUGAUAGACCACCGCGACGGCGGAAAGCAAGAAUAAGGAAAGGUCCAAUAUCGUCACGACAAGCCAAGUCGUCACAGUUUCCAUCGACGGUCUCAUACUACAAAUGUGCUUCGACCCAGAAUCAUCCUGAAGCCGAGCUUGCGGGCACGGAAGUGCCAUCACUGCCACGACACGAAUCUCUGGUCGAACUAGCCACCCCAUCAUCUCAGGUUUCGGCGUUUUGUCAAACAGUCCUGUCCAAAAUCAUCCCAGACAACUUCUGGGGAGGCAAUUCUGUACAGAAGCACAACAAAUCAACUGUGAUGCAAAGUGUCGAUCACUUCGUCAAGCUUAGGCGUUUUGAGACCAUAUCUCUGCAUGAGAUACUGCAGGAUCUAAAGAUUGCAGACAUGUCUUGGCUCGAGCCUCCAGACUCCAACGGCAGGAAACCAAGCAAAACAGACACUGAAAAACGCCUGGAGAUUUUCUAUGAAUUUCUUUACUUUGUUUAUGAUACCCUUUUGAUACCCCUUAUUCGCAACAACUUCUACGUCACUGAAUCAAACACUCAUAGAUACCGAGUGUUCUACUUUCGCCAUGAAGUAUGGAGACAGAUUGCAGAGCCUGCUAUGGCAGGUCUCAGAGCAGAUAUGUUUGAGGAGGUCAAGCUGGAUGAAGCAGUGCAAACGCUUCGUGGUCGACAGCUCGGCUUCAGUCAGAUUCGACUACUGCCAAAAGGUGACAAACUUCGCCCCAUCAUGAAUCUUCGACGACGAGCCAUAACUCGAAAAUCUGUCAACCGCCUUGACCGUAGUAUAAAUAGUGUCCUAGGCCCCAUCCACUCGCUUCUGAAGCUAGAGAAGAGAAUCAAUCCUUCAAAACUCGGCUCUACCAUGUUUUCUGUCAGCGACAUCUAUACCCGCCUCAAGCUCUUCAAAGAAUCCCUAAGCCCUGGGCAUGGUAAGCUGUACUUUGCCAAAGCUGAUGUUAAAGCUGCUUUCGACACUAUCCCCCAAGAAGCAGUUGUCAACCUUAUGAAAUCUGUCCCAAGCCAGUCCAAAUACACCGUCAUGAAGCACGUAGAAGUGAAGCCUGGCGAACGAGCGGUCGUCGACGACAGCAAGUCUUCGUCCAGAACCAGCCGGCGAUGGCAAGCCACAUCCUUAGGCGAAAAUGAGAACCCGGACUUUACUAUGCGCCUCGAGAAGGAUCUGGCACGAAACAAGAAGAAUACUAUCUUUGUGGACAGUGCCUUACGCAAGACCCAUGGCACGGGGGAAAUGAUGCAUCUUCUCAAGCAGCACGUUGAGCAGAAUCUUGUCAAAGUGGGCAAAAAGUAUUACAGACAGAAAGUCGGCAUUCCCCAAGGCUCUGUGCUGUCUUCGUUCUUGUGUAACUACUUCUACGCUGACCUUGAGGCGAAACAUUUGGGUUUCUUGGCUACAUCAGAUUGUCUGCUUUUACGGCUGAUUGACGACUUUCUCCUGGUCACUCUCGACCAGAACAAGGCGAUUGAAUUUGUGAAUGCCAUGCAUUCUGGUUUCCCUGAAUACGGUGUUACAGUCAACCCAGCCAAGACCAUGGUCAGCUUCGACAUGCUUUACGAGGGCAAACCCGUUCGGAAGGUAAACCGCGAGAAAGGCUUCCCUUACUGUGGAACGGCCAUCGACUGCCAGACAUUGGAUAUUACAAAAGACAGGGACAGGGAUGCUGAUGUUGAUGUGUCUACUUCUCUCACAGUCGAUUUUGGUCGCACACCAGGUCAGAACUUUCAAAGAAAAGUUCUUAAUGCUUUCAAGAUCCAGUCUCACCUAAUGUUCUAUGACACAUCUCACAAUUCUACUCGAACAGUUCUCGCCUCACUGCAAGGUGCCUUCGUCGAGACUGCAAGCAAAAUGUGGGCGUAUCUUCGCUGUCUUGGAAAGCACCAACAACCUGGGAGCGAAAUGAUACUCCGAACUAUUUCUAGGGUGAUCGAUGUCGCUUACCUCCUGUUGACCAGCAAAUCUCGAAUAGCGAGAUAUCCCCAGUAUACUUGUGACAUACGCAAAUCGCAAGUUGCUCUCACUGCCUGUAUAGCCUUUGAGAAGGUGUUGUCCGCCAAACAGAGCAAAUAUCGGCCUGUAGUAAUGUGGCUUCGCAAAGAAACAGAUAGGCUUGUCUCUGGCCAAAAGCACGAAUUGCCACGGACUUCCCGGGACAGCCGGUAA